AGUUCACAAAAUACUUCCGUGUGAGCACAUUCACAAAAAAGUCUCUGUACUCCUAAUUAAUCAAAUGUAUUGAUGUACUAGCGUCACCUGUAUGUGGUAUUAUCUUAAUAUUUCAUAAAUGCUCAUCUGAAAGAGUGGUCAAUUAGCUACGGUCGUGAUAAACACCAACAAACAGAAUGUCAAAUUUCAUCGCGUUGCAGACCCAGUUGGCCUCUGUCAUGGAGACCCUUGUUCACGCGGCGGUGGCCGAACUGGGUAAACUUGUAGAGGACAGUUCUGUUUUCGUGUUCAGCCUGGAACUGACCCAGGGGAAUAGCGAGGAUGAAGAAUUAUCGGCAAAACUGCAGACUGAGAGUCAGAAUAAGAUGACAGACUUUGCCACAAUCAUGGAGGUACUGGGCAAUGAGGCAUUGGGUAAAAUAAUGAAAAUUGUGGAUGAUACAAAGUUUUUGAUGGACUUUGAAUCCAAGUCCUUCAAAGGCCAUAGAGGGAAAAAAGCCAAACCACAAGCGAGCAUCUUGAAUAUUCUGUCAGUUGGAGGAAUGGCGGAGGAACAUUCUUAUGGCGGAAGUGGUAAAACUGCGGAGCAAACUGUUUCAAUGGAGUCUGCAGAUGUGGAGGAAGUGGACACACCAGAAUCUCCCCUUGUCUUGGCUGUUUCUGUCAAAGACGAGCAUGGGCAAAUAGACCUGGGAGCCAUUGCAGAGAGAGCUGCCGAUGAUGCUUUUGCAGGAAACUCUUCUUCAGAGCACCAGUAUGGUAUGAUUAGCGAUGACCCCCUGGUGAACCCCACAGACAUCCUAUUGGAGACUUUGUUUGCCCAAAAGAAGCUCUUCAUUUGCACCGAGUGUGGGAAAAGUUUCUCCACACAGAGUAACCUCAAAUCCCACCAGCGACUUCACACUGGCGAGAAACCGUUUGUGUGCAUGUUCUGCAACAAAGCCUUUGCCCACAAACAGAGUUGUAAUGAUCACAUCCGCACCCACACUGGUGAGAAGCCCUUCAUAUGUGGCGUGUGUGGGAAAUGCUUCGGCAAGCAGGCGCACCUCAAGACCCAUUCGAUAAUCCACACGGGCGAAAAGCCUUACAGCUGCACUGUGUGUGGCAAGAGCUUCAACCUGGCUCAAAAUCUGUCUAGACACCAGCAAAUUCACACGGGAGAGAAAAUCUUCACCUGUUUACUGUGCGGGAAAGGCUUCACACGCGCUGUAACACUGAAGACCCAUCAACUUAUUCACACUGGACAAAAGCCCUUCAAGUGUAUUCAGUGUGAGAAGAGUUUCCGUCACGCUGUCAAUCUGAAGAACCACCAGCGGAUUCAUACAGGCGUCAGACCAUUUAGUUGUGACUUGUGUGGCAAGACAUUCCGUCAAUCGGUGAAUCUUAAAAUACACAAGCGCAUCCACACUGGAGAGAGGCCAUAUAUCUGCACAGAAUGCGGCAAGACCUUCAGUCAGCAGAGUAGUCUCAUGUCUCACGGACGCACCCACUCUAACGAGAGACCUUUCCAGUGUAGCUUCUGCGAGAAAAGAUUCAACAAUGCCAACAGUCUGAAGUUGCACCAGAGAAUCCAUACAGGAGAGAAGCCGUACAGCUGUGAAAUCUGUGGAAAGACCUUCAGUCAGGGCAGUCAUCUCCGAACACACAAGAGGCAUGUCCACGCAGGAGGGAAACAGUACAUUUGUGAUAAAUGUGGGAAGAGGUAUUCAGACAAACGGAAUCUUAAGAUGCACAAAUGUGUUUAUGCCUCAACCUAACAUAGUGAUGGGCAAACGGUUUCAAUCUUUGAGAGGCUUUUGUUGUCGUUUGCGUUGCUGUUAAAGAGAGCCUUGAAGCCUGGCACGUUAAUCGCUAGGGGAACCCACUUCAACUUGAUUUUAGCCUGAGCAAAAAUGUAUUAUUAUUUUAUUUUUUUUAUGAAAUAGGAUUUGCUGUCAGGAGCUAGGUGUUUUUGUUCCCAUUUAAGCAAUUAUGAAAAGUAAACUAGUAAAACGCAGAAACCAAAUAUGCCUAUGUUAAAUAACGUAAUGUUAGUGUAUACUGUAUAUAAUCAUGCAACUUUUAUAAGAUAGGUGAUUUAGCUUAAAUAAGCAUAUAGCUAACAUUUUGCAGCCAGAGAUGUAUUGAUAUUAUUUGGAAAAAGCCUGUAAAACUGAAUCUGGAGGUUGGGCUAUGAAAAAGCUGUAGGUUAUGUAUUAUAACAGAACCGCUUGGCUGACUAGCCUGUACUUUCACAACAUCAGUCAGAUUUAAUUUGUUUACCACAUGUACUUGUUUCAUAAAGACCCAGUGCAGGCAAAAUAAAAUGUUCCUGUGUUUAUAUCAUAUUGUACAAUAGCUGAUGAAAUAAAAAUCUGUGUUAUUUCCUGAUA